CGCAGCAUUUGGCAGGCGCAAGCUGCGAUGCUCUUCAAAGGCACAAGUCCUGCAGAAAGCAAUCGAUUGGCGACUUGUGCUUACUGCGUAUUUUUGAUGUUUGCUGUAUUUUGUAACCUAGGGGAAGUGUCUUUUUAACUUAUAUGAUUGAGUUACAGUUGGAUUUCCUUUUGAUAAAAAGCAAAGAAGCCGAAGUUCCCCGGCGUCAGCGAUAACCGCGUCAUUUGCAGAAGACUGCAACGUGCGAGGGGCUUUAUUUUUAUAAAGGUAUGGACACACGCACGGCCCAACAGAGAGAGCGCUCGUCUGCGGCGGGCAGCUAGCCAUGCCGAGCUAGCUGCCGUCCCCUCACCCGAACCUCGCUCACGACCCCCCGGCACACUCGCGGGACACCCCCCUCGCCCCCCCCCGCUCCUCUCCCGCCGCGAGCGCCAUGGGCGAGAGGCGGGCGCGCUCCCUCCACGCCACGUGCCACGUGCAGCGGGACUCCGGCGCCAGGCUGGGGAGCUCCUUCAUCCGGAGCACCCCCAACGGGUACGCCGGCGCCCGUGUCGGCCUCGCCGCGGAGCAGGAGGUGGAGGGCGAGCGCGUGGCCGCCGCCGCCGCCGCCGCCUCCGCCGCCGUUACCCUGCAUGCCCCUGCACCUGACAGGAGCUACUACGCUCCUGUUUCACUGGAACCGGAGCCUGCGGCGGUGAAUAAUGGAUCAGGCAUUCCCUGCUGUCCGCCAGCGGACACGAAGGACGCAGCGCUGCAGGUCAUAAACAGCCAGGCGCCUCUCACCUCCGUCCCACCUCCUCUCCCUCGCUCCAGCUGGCUGCUGUCGCAUCAGCAAAAGGAUUUCCAAAGCCCGUACAUCAAGACUAGCAUGCAGGGGGAUGUCUACAACUUCCUAGAGAGACCUGCUGGACUGAAAUGCUUCCUCUACCACUUUCUCGUCUUCGUCAUGGUCCUGGUGUGUCUAAUCUUUAGUGUCUUGUCAACUAUAGAGCAAUAUGCAGACUUUGCUACUGGGACGCUCUUCUGGAUGGAGAUUGUGUUGGUGCUGUUCUUUGGCACGGAGUACGUGGUCCGGCUGUGGUCGGCAGGCUGUCGCAGCAAAUAUGCCGGCAUCAAAGGGCGCCUCCGCUUCAUCAGGAAGCCUAUAUCAAUAAUAGAUUUGAUAGUGGUAAUUGCCUCCAUCAUUGUGCUGGGUGUGGGGUCUAAUGGCCAAGUGUUUGCCACAUCUGCUAUAAGGGGCAUCCGUUUUCUCCAGAUCCUGCGCAUGCUACAUGUGGAUCGACAGGGGGGAACCUGGAGGCUCCUGGGAUCUGUAGUCUUUAUUCACCGACAGGAGCUGAUCACUACCCUCUACAUUGGCUUCCUGGGCCUGAUCUUCUCCUCCUAUUUCGUCUACUUGGCGGAGAAGGAUGCGGUGGAUGAGGAAGGCAAGACGGGCUUCUCCAGCUACGCCGAUGCCCUUUGGUGGGGUGUGGUGACUGUCACCACCAUCGGCUACGGAGACAAAAUUCCUCAGACGUGGAUAGGCAAAGCUAUCGCCUCCUGCUUCAGCGUGUUCGCCAUCUCCUUCUUCGCUCUGCCUGCUGGAAUCCUGGGCUCAGGGUUUGCUCUGAAGGUCCAACAGAAGCAGAGACAGAAGCACUUUAACAGACAGAUCCCUGCUGCAGCCUCACUCAUUCAGACUCUGUGGAGGUGCUAUGCUGUAGAGAAACCAGGCGGCUGUGCUGUUACGUGGAAAAUGUACGUCCUGACGCCAGAACGCGACCCCGUGGUGGAAGCCGACAACUCCAGCCCCAGCGUCAGGAAACUGAACAUACCGAAAAAGGGGACCAAACGGAGGCUGAAGUCCAGAGGUAAUGGUUCUAUGGGUGUGGCAUCAGAGAGAGCCGUAUCGAUACCCCAGAUCACCUAUGAACACAUUGACGACUCUGAGAAGAAAGAUGCCUCAUAUUUCCUGGAAGAGCCGAGGGAACCUAACGAAGGAAUCAACAGGAUGUUCAGACAAACAGGUCUUCCACAGCAUUCUUGGUCAUCUUUCACCCUCAGCUGCCCUGGCUCUCCAGUAAAGAAAGAUGCUGAUAACAGCACGUCCAUCGACAUCUCCCGGGCCAACAGCUUAACCGAUGAGCUGGACUACAUGAGCGAGGACAUCCCCUUGCCCGUAGUGACUGAAAAAGCUCAGUUGUCCCAUGAACAGAGGUCAGCGGUAAAAGUCCUGCGGCGCAUGCAGUACUUUGUGGCCAGGAGGAAAUUUCAGCAAGCUAGGAAACCCUACGACGUGCGAGACGUGAUCGAGCAGUACUCCCAGGGUCACCUCAACAUGAUGGUCCGCAUCAAGGAGCUGCAGCGAAGGCUGGACGGGACGCUGGGGAAGCCAGGAAUGUUUCUUCCAGGAAAAGGGGAGGAUAAAGAAUACCCAACUAUAGGAGCGCGGCUGAUCCGCCUGGAGCACAAGAUCCACCACAUGGACAGGAAAAUGGACUCCAUCCUGCAGAUUCUGACGGAGCAGUUCGCGCCCAGGCCGGAGCUGAGCGCCAAGCCCUCCGUCCGCCGCGUGACCAUUCAGAAGCGCAUGGGUGCCAGCAUCGACGAGGGGCCUUGACGUCACGGAGCUAAAGGGCAAUAAAGACGCAGCACUUCGUCGAAUGACUUGAUACCAAAUGUAGGAGCUUGAAAAUAAUAAAGAGACUAAGUCUUCCAAACCUCCUCUGCAUCGCUACCAUUUGCAAUCCUACAUGUUUUGGAGACUUCCGACCCCUGAUGUGAGAACAACCUUUAUCUUUCCACUUGGUGCUGCUGUGGGGGGGUGGAGGCGGAUGGACCUCGUCCUCCUGCUUGGCCCGUCGUCUUCUCCACACUUAGCUUCCGUUUCUGAGGGCCCUCGGGCCGUCGCGUCGUCGGACUCUCUGCAUCAGCCCCAUAAUCGCGCCGCUCGCAUGUUAAUUUAUGUGUGGCCUGUCACUAUGCUGCAUUCCUCCACUCCAAAUAUUAUUCCAAAGCUAACUAACCCAGUAAUGAAGGCGUAAUGCAAUCAAAGGCCCUGCAGAUCCCCAAAGACACAUCGAAAACCUGAGAAUCCAGCCGUGGCAGAGGCAUUCCUUGAAUCCGCCUGAUUAUCUUGGCACCGUCCACACCCAGUACACAACAGGGCUAUUUCCGUAGCCACAUAUCCAUCUAGCCUAACUGUACGGCGGCUGCGGUGGGUGUUUGUUAGUAGUGAUCGAAUGACGGCAGGGUGGAAGGGCAGAUUAUCUGUUGACUUUGCCGUGCGUUAAGGACCAACAGUCUGGGCUAAAUGAGGAAAACGUGUGCGGUGUGGGUUGGGCGGCUAACACGGUGCUGAUUUACAGCUACAUUACCGCUAAUAAAAAUAGCUGAGCUGCCAUGACAGGACCUGGUGCUGUGUUACAGGAGCAGGGUCAGAAAUGAGGCCUCGGCCGCUCAAGGUUUUCACAGGGAGAUUUCAUAUAUAUAUUUAUAUUUAUAUCGAUCUUUCCUUCCACUGACACGCCCAGCACAACCCUGCUUCAUAUCCUCUGUUACCCUCCUUAGGGGGCUCGUGCUGCUGAUAUAAAUUUGCCCCAUUAAAGCUCUGAUUGUUUUUCUCUCCUGGGCUAAUUAAGUGCUGAAUUCUUGGUAACGGGAGAUUACUCACUGCAAGCGACUAAUGAAAAGAAACAGUGGAAAAUGUGCAGAAUUCAAACAGCACGCCUUGAGGAGCAGGCGCGCUAAUUCUGUGUGAAAGGUUGGGAAAUAUCGGGCUACCAGCGAGAGCACAUGUUUGAAAUAAAAAGACAAUGCUCCGGCUUUGUUCUCGCGCUCGCGGCGCUGAUCUGACGGGACGCCGAGACGUGUAGGAAGCAGAAAAUAGAAAAUAACUCAGGCCUGUAGCUACUGUAUGAAAGGCCACCCGUUAUUGUAACGCGUGCAUUCUUUAAGAGGCGGAUGCACACACACACACACACACACACACACACACACACACACACACACACACACACACACACACACACACACACACACACACACACACACACGAGGCAUGAACAAGGGAAGUGUGACAGGAGAGGUUUUCUCUCCGCACUAGAUAUAUUUUCAUAUUUUUGCAGUGGUUUAAAAUGAGCUAUUAUUCAUCUUUUAUUAUAUGAAGUGGUUGUAUUUUGUGACGGACCUGGAUUUGUAUCUGCAUGUCUGUUCUCCUGUACAGUUUUAUAAGCGUUGUAAAUAGAAACAUGGCCUUAUUGUACUGUAUUUAUUACCAGCGUGGAACAUGUCUGCGUGUUGGAGUGAUGAGAAACACAGAGAGUGAGGCUCCUGUUGUACAGAUGGAUGAUUGUAAAUGAUAUUCACACACACCCCUAGACUGUAGCUCUGGUGUAAAUAAUAAAACUGGCCAGAGUUUUUCCUUA